AACCGGGGAGGAGGCGUUGCUAGCUCGCAGCGCGGCGGCGUGUUCAGUUUUGAGUUGCGGACGGCGACGGCGCAGGAGAUCAAGAAACUGUGAAAUCAUGGCUGAAAAGCCCAAGCUGUAUUAUUUUGAUGGAAGAGGCAAGAUGGAGCCAAUACGAUGGCUAUUAGCAGCAGCUGGUGUGGAGUUUGAAGAGGAAAUUUUGGAGACAAGAGAACAAUUUGAGAAACUGCUUCAAGAUGGAUUCCUCCUGUUUCAGCAAGUGCCCUUGGUAGAAAUGGAUGGGAUGAAGAUGGUGCAGACACGAGCCAUUCUCCAGUACAUCGCAGCAAAACACAACCUCUGUGGGAAGGACCUGAAGGAGAGAGCCCUAAUUGACAUGUAUGUGGAAGGAAUAAUGGACCUAAAUGGAUUAAUUUUGAUGUUCCCUUUCUUAUCACCUGAGGAUAAGGAGAAACAACUUGCUGUAAUCAUUGAGAAAGCAACACAAAGAUACUUCCCUGUCUAUGAAAAGGUGCUGAAGGAUCAUGGACAAGAUUUCCUUGUUGGCAACCAGAUCAGCAGGGCAGACAUACACUUGCUUGAAACUAUUUUAAUGGUGGAAGAAAAGUCCUCCACUGUUCUGCCUGAGUUCCCUCAACUGCAGGCUUUUAAAACAAGGACCAGUAACAUCCCCACAAUUAAGAAGUUUUUGGAACCGGGAAGCCAGAGGAAACCUGUGCCUGAUGACAAAUAUGUGGAGACUGUGCGAAGAGUUCUUCAGAUGUAUCAUGAUGUGAAAGCAAGUUAGAAUGGGCAAUGAGAAGUAAUUCUGUCGGCCUCUUCAGAAUUACAAGUCCUUGUCCUUAAUGAUGAUGGCUGCGAAAGGCAUUCCUCAUGAAGCUUAUGCUGUUAAGUUAGAGGCGAGAGUGCUAUAUGUGAUAGUUGAAUAGGCUGCUAAAGCAAGCUUCUCAUGCAGAUGCUAAUGGUAGUUUGUAGCAAAGCGGGGAGCACCAUAUACAAGGAUUUGAUUCUUCUAAUCAGAAGUGUUGAUGGACCUUCCUACACUUAACAACGGAGUCAGUUUUUAAAGAGUACUUGUGUAUCCUAUUGCACUGGGUAAAGCAAUAUCUUGCUUCAGCUAGUCAGAUAAAAUAAUCUGUAUUAGGGGAGAAGCUGGGAUAACACUUUUCUACCCAACAGUAUGUUCUGCCAACAGAAGGGUUUUGCUGUAGAACUGGCAGAAAAUGUGAUUGUGAAAGGUUCUGUUUCAGACCCUGCCUUACUGGUAUUUGUAAAAUCAUAUUGCAAAGGUUACCCCCAAAAAUGUAGGAAGAUGUAAGAAGCAACACUGGUUUGCAAAUUCCUAAGAAAUCAAAAUAUGCUUAGGAGUAGGCUGUGAGGCUUUAUAUUUUAUCUCUCUCCUGGAAUGUUUAUGUUCUGUUAUCCGCAAUAAACUUAAAUUUGAUUGGUGAUGUUCAGUUACAUAGUUCUACUGUUCAUGUACUGUCUGUCCUAUUGCUUCUGCAACCUGGCUAUUGUGUUAAUAAUAAACUACUCCUAUUCUUGCACAAAGAAA